UCAACCAAACCAUAAAUUACUAGUCUUGAAACAUUUAUCACCUUUCAAAAAUGGCUUAUAAGUGUAUCCCAUCUUUCUUUUUAUUAUUCAUCACUUUGUUUAUAACAAGUAGUUAUGUAAUUCAAGCAGAAGCACGCCAUCUUCUUGAAUUAACUAUCCCUGAGCUUCCUAAGCCCGAAUUGCCACAUUUACCUGAAAUCCCAACUUUGCCUAAACUUGAAUUCCCUGAAAUUCCAAAACCUGAGCUGCCAACUCUACCAAAGCCUGAAUUGCCAGAAAUGCCAAAGACCGAACUUCCAACAUUGCCAAAGCCUGAACUUCCAACGUUGCCAAAAUUAGAGAUUCCUGCCAUUCCUAAGCCUGAAGUGCCAACUUUGGCAAAACCAGAAAUCCCUCAAAUGCCUAAAAAACCUUGAGCGCGUGGACGUAUGAGAUUUCUCUUUUCCUUAUUGAUGUAACAUUGUUAAACUGUCACACUUCAUCAUGUAAUGUGAUCAUAUAUGUUUUCCUUUGUUGUGCUACAAUCAUUUCCAGCUCCCUGUUUUGGACGGAUUAUUUAUGUGAUUGAUUAUGUUAUUGUUCUGUCAUCAGUUAACUAAUAUAAUGUACUUGUGUUUCUAGUGGUAUAA